AUGGCCAACCUCGACCUCGGACUGGGAAAAAUGGCCGCCAACGAUGGAGCACUUCUUCGGCCAGCAAUGGAAGGAUCAAGGCAUCUACCACUUGAUCAAGUUGUUCGAUCGGCCACUCGUCAUGGACCGGUCGCUCUUGGCCGCGGCCCUAUGCUUCUGGUCGUCGGCCACAAAUACUAUGAACCUCCGGUUUGGCAUGAUGACGCUGACCGUUCUAGACAUGGCGACCUAUUCGGCCUUUCCCCCCUUGGCGUGGAAGUAAACGCCGCUCCGGUCGCCCCUGAGGCUGAAGGGAGCUUUAAGGCCGCCUGGUCUACGUUCGCCAAGCUUGCUGGGAGUAAGGCAAAGAACAUGCUCAACUACUCCAGCUUUUACAGCAACUUCGGCAUGGAGGACAGCGCUGAUGAUGACUCCAUCGCUCCCUUGGGCGAGGUCGAGCAUGCCGCUUUCUUGCUGUACUGGCUAUGCAAGUUUGUGUUUUGCACCCAAGCGAACAAAGUCACCCUGGAGUUCGCCCAUCUGGCCAACUAUCUCACGUAG